GCGGAUGGAUUGGAGGCGGGCGUGAAAAUCGGUGAGGGUCUGGAUAUGGGAUUGGAGUGUGACCAGCGUUUGAUCGCGUGGUGAGUCGCUCUGCAUCGUGUAUACAAGAUAGAAAGUAGGCGGUGCAAUGCAAUUAAGGGGAUAUAAACGAUCUCUCUUGCUGAAGAGCAGGACGAUCGUUGAACCUGAUCCCGUGCCGCUACCUGCCGCUACUCUGUCAUCAUAAAUUUCAAAAUCUCGGUGGUGGUAUGACUGAAAGCAUGGAAGCGUACACUCAGAAACUAAGUGUGAACCAAGUGAGACAAAUGGUGUGCCAGAGAAUGCUGCCUGCUCCUGUUUUGAAUCGUGACUGUUGGCAAGUCCUCCGACCAAGUGUCUCUGAGGAAGCUCGACUUUUGCUUCAAUUCCAGCUUGGAUAGUGAACUCUUUAACGUAGUUUCCAGUGUGAAGUG